AUUCAGAAGCUGCUGCGAGUUUGGGGGUGAGGUGGGUUAUUGUAGUUUGUUUGAUUUCUUAACGAUUGGACUGUUUGUUUGGUUUUUUUUUUUUAAAUCUGAAUGGUUUUAGUUAAAAUGGCGGUUUAGAGAUGAAGCAGAAGUCUUGAGAUCGACCAAAGAGACAACAACUUACGCGCCGACUGCAAGAGCAGCGAGAGAGAGAGAGAGUGAGAACGGAUCAGCCUCACUCAAGGGAAGUUUCUGAGAUGGAAGCAGCUCACAUCAGCCCAGAGCUUCCUAUUCGAUGGGUUGUUUCUGCAGACAGGACUCUUGAGAUCAAGGAGGAAGUGACUGAGCUGGGGUGUGACCAGGUCAAUGAGCGGAUCCUGCAGGAGGAAACGCCACCUUCUAGCAUCACUGAGAGAGGUACUGACAUGCAGUUGGUAUCAGAAAUGGCAUUUUCUCACAUUAAAGUGGAGGCCUCUGAACUGGAACCUGUCCUCAUUAAAGAGGAGAGUCCUGUGCUAGAACCAGUCUACAUGAAGAAAGAAGUCUCAGUGUUGGAGCCUGUCCACAUUAAAGAGGAGAGUCCUGUGCUAGAAUCAGCAGAAUGUGAACACCUUUCAGAUCCCAAAGAGAGCCAUGCUAUGCCUAAAUCUGAAGCACAGGAGGGGCCAAGGAUAGAAGCAGUUUACACACAAGAAGAGCCCUUUGACCAGGAGUGGUGUGCAAGUCUAAAGCAGGUUACAGAGCUGACAUGUGUUAAAGAUGAAGAGGUCCCUCGACUGGAAUGUGUUCCUGUUAAAGAGGAAUUCAUAGAACAGGAAUGUGUCCCCAUCGCAGAGGAAGUUCCUACUGAAAAUAAUGUCUGUACACUUGAGGAGAACAACCAGCUGGGAUCCAGCCUGUGUGAUGAUUGUCCACCUGAAUGUGAACUGGGAUUUAGAGCUGCUAAAAGGAACCGCAAUGGAGGGACUCAAUUUCCCUGUGCUGAUUGUGGGAAGAGUUUCAGUUAUGUAUCACAGCUUAAAAGACACCAGCGCGUUCACACAGGAGAGAAACCUUAUGACUGCACUGAGUGUGGGAGGAGUUUCUUACUGUUAAAAAAUCUUAAAAAACACCAGCAUAUUCACACAGGAGAGCAAUUUUAUUUCUGCGCUAAGUGUGGGAUGGGAUUCAAUUAUUUAUCACACCUUAAAAGACACCAGCGCUGUAACACAGGAGAUAAACCACUGAGUGUGGGAGGAGUUUCACGCGAUUAGGAAGUCUUCAAAAACACCAUUGCAUUCACACAGGAGAGAAACCUUAGCACUGUGAUCAAUGUGGGAAGUUUCACAUAUUUAUGUUCCUUGAAAAUCCACCAGCGGACUCAAAA